GCAUGGGGCCUUGUCCGUCCGCUAUUGCGUCCCCCCGGGAAGCGGCCGCGUCUUUGGCGGGCCGGACCGAUGAGUCAGUCGUGGCGGAGGGCGGAGGCCGGAGCCCGGAUGGAAGGCGCCGCGCGGGGAGAUGAGGAUGAGUCCAGCAACCAUGGAUCCCACAAGAAGAAGCACAAGAAGCAUAAGAAGAAGCACAAGAAGAGGCAUCACCGCGAGGAUGCGGGCAUGGCAGCAGUGGAGCCUCUGGCCGCCCUGCCGAAGCCUCAGCUGAAGCUCAAGAUCAAGCUUGGAGGACAGAUCCUGGGCACAAAGAGUGUGCCAACCUUCACCGUCAUUCCCGAGAGGCCGCGUUCCCCCUCCCCACUGAUGGUUGUGGAUGAUGAGGAUGAGCCGAUGGAAGGGGUGCCCAUUGAACAAUAUCGCGCAUGGCUGGAUGAGGACAGUAAUCUGGAGCCGUCUCCCCUGCCGGAACUCGAUACUGAGGAGCAGCGCUGGCUGGAUGCCCUGGAGCGCGGGGAGCUGGAUGACAACGGGGAGCUCAAGAAGGAGGUGGACGAAUCCCUGCUCACAGCCCGGCAGAAAGCCCUCCUGCACAAGCAACAGAGCCAGCCACUGCUGGAGCUUCCGAUGGGCUACAAGGCCAAGGAGCUGACGGAGGAGAUGCUGGUGAAGCGAGAGGAGCGCGCUCGCAAGCGGCGCCUCCAGGCGGCCAAGAAGGCGGAGGAGAACAAGAACCAGACCAUUGAGCGCCUCACCAAGACCAGCAAAGCCAAGGUGAAGACUCUGCGGGAGCGCAAGGCCAAAGCAGCCGCCGCCCCGAUGGUCUCCUACCGCAACGCUGCCGACGGGAUCACGGUCUCCUUCCCUCUGGGGGUCUCCGCACCUCUGCUGCCCUCCCUGCCGCCUGCCGUGCCUCUGUCCACCCCCUGCGGAGUCGGGGGGUGUCCCAACCUCAAGCGGUACUCCUGCUCCCUCACUGGGGUGCCGCUCUGCAGCCUGGCCUGCUACAAGAAGAACUUGCUGCUCCAGCAGGUGGCAGCCUAAGCGCCACCAUCCUUGCCAGGGGAGGACCACCCUGUGCGCCUGGAACUCCUCUAGGAAUGCCACCUCUGUGAUCCAAAGGAGGAUGCAGCCGACCUUCACCCCCACCCAUGAUGUGGAGAUGGCCUUAGGCAGGCUGUUUUGAUGGUCCUGAACAUGCUUGUCUCUCUGUAGUGGUCAGACAUGGGUGUCGUGGCCUUUGCUGACUGGACUGGCAAAGUGACGGAGGGUGGCAAGGCAACUGGUCCUGUGGCACCAAGAGACAAGGGCCUCUCUCAUGUGGGACCCAGCGGAGACUGUACUCCUGGCAGCUGCUCUUAACAAAGAAGACGUAGCAUCACUCCUGCUGCAGCUACUGUGGUGGCACAGGAAGUUGACAUGGCAGGAGGUGACCUCAGUAGUCUUGCCCUGGAUCUGUGGGGAAGGAGAAAAAAACCCUUCCCAGUUGUAAAAUGGAGCCUCUCCUUUCUUUUCACGCCUGUGUAAGACAGGAAGGAAC